AGUAAGGAUUGUUGUUCAUUUGUUGUAGGAGGAGAAGGAGUUGAGUUAAUUAAUGGAAGCUGAAGUGGGAGAUACUUGGGAGGAGUGGGAGAAGAAAAAACAAGAUUUGUUGAAAUUUUGCAUGGAAGGCAACUGGGGAAUGGUUGCAGAUAUGUAUGACAAAUAUCCAAGCCUUCAAAAUGCCAAGCUUAGCACAUCAGGGGAGACAGCAUUGCAUAUAGCUGUCUGGGAAAGCGCAGAAGAUAUAGUUCACAGGCUAGUUGAAUUGAUUGAUAAACAGAGCGAGAGGAGAUGGCAAACACCAAGCGCUCUAUGGAUACCAAACCAUCGAGGGAAUACGCCACUCCAUCUAGCAGCAUUGAUUGGAAAUGUUGGCAUGUGCAUGUGCAUAGCUGGAAGGAAUGAAGAGCUCCUGGACCUUCGCAACAAUGCAGGGGAAACGCCUCUCUUCUUGGCUGCUCUUCGUGGUAAAAAGGACGCUUUCCUUUACCUCCAUCAGAUAUGCGGCGCAGAGAGACAGUAUGAGUGCCAUCGAAGACAUAGAGAUGGCCAAACCAUUCUUCAUGUUGCCAUCAUUGGCGAAUACUUUGAUUUGGCAUAUGAAAUAAUUUGCAAGUAUGAUGACCGACUUAUCUAUGCUGUCAACGAGAAAGGGUGCACUCCACUCCAUCUCCUGGCCAGUAAACCAGAUGUAUUCAGAAGUGGUUCUCGCCUUAGCGGAUUCCUCAGCAGAAUUAUUUAUCACUGUUUACCUGUGGAAAAACUCAAGGAAACAUUCCCUGAUUACACUUUCCAGCCAACUUGUACAGACAUGCAUGCACAUUUUUCUCCAGAGAACAAGACACGUAUCAAUUUUUUUCAACCAUUGUUGAAAAUGGUGCAGAACAUGAUUAAAAGAUCAGGUUUACAUGUGGAGAAACCCACGAAUGAACCGGUCCCUGUCGGCAAUUCCUUGCCAACUUUCAAAGGAAAAAUGAAGCCUGAGAAAUAUCCAGCGAACUACAAGACAUGUAUCAAUUUUUUUCAACCAUUGCUGAAAAUGCUGCACAACAUGAUCACAAGACCAGGGAAACCAUCAAGCAAUGUUGAAGCUGAAGAAGGACGACAUCCUCUACUUUUCCCCCCAAAUUAUCACACAAGUAUCAUGAUCAUCAAAACUAUAUGCAGAGCAAUGCUGGUCAUCCUUGAUUUAAUAGGAUUAAUAGACAUACAGAAGUUACAAGAAAAGAAAGAGAAGAACAUAUGGUCUGUUCAGAUCAUGGACCUUAUGCUUCUUAAAUCUUCUCACCGUAACUAUUAUUCCAGUUUUAGUGGAUGUCAUCCAGGGCUAAUAAAAGAUUUUCCUGAUAGUGACGAGCCAGAGAAUACAGAUUGGUGCACUGCGAUUUUGAAAGAAGAUUUGAGCUCGAAACAGCCUAUCCAAGGAAGGGAGGCACCAAUACUACUUGCAGCGAAGAAUGGUAUAACUAAAAUGGUUGAGCGAAUCCUAGAUGUUUCCCCAUGGCCAUUCUGGACAGGGACUCAGACGGCAAGAACAUAGUGCUUUUGGCAGUCGAAAAUAGGCAAACCAAACUGUACGAGCAAUUAGUCCAGAAUAUCCUUUUUAAUGAAAGUGCAUUUCGUGCUGUUGAUAAUAAAGGGAACAGUGCCUUGCAUCUUGCCGCAAGAAUAGGUGAUUUUCAGCCUUACCCUUUUGCUGCACUGCAAAUGCAAUGGGAAAUCAAGUGGUUUAAGUACGUGAAGUAUUCUGUGCCGCAAGAUUUCUUUAUGAAUCUCAACAAUGAAGACAUGACACCCAAGGAGGUCUUCAGGACGUCACACAAAG